GUUUUGAGGGAAGAGAUGGGGGAAAAAGCCUCUCCCAGGGACUCGGACGAGGUGUGCGCAACCGCCUCUGGUUUAACGAGCUGCAGGCUACAGUUUCACGCAGGGAGGGGAAAGAAGCACCCUGGGCUUGGCCCCCCCGGCUCCCUGCCACCGUUACGUCCCACCUCUCCCUGCUCGGCACCGCUGCCAAUAAGAGCCCGCAGCACACAGAAAGCCACGCGCUCGCCUUUCGCCCAGCUGCUCCGCACGCACCAGGGACGCCAGCCACAACUGAGGCUGCUCCGCAGAAGCUCACACCAGGCAGUGCCGCAGUCAGCGAUGGCCGCUCCCACCGUGGUGACCCUGCAGCCCCAGUACGUGGUGGCCGGGCCCAGCGUGUCCAGGGCCAUGUGGCAGACGGGUCUGAUGGACUGCUGCACCGACUGCGGCGUCUGCUGCUGCGGGAUGUUCUGCUUCCCCUGCCUGGGCUGCCAGGUGGCCGGGGACAUGAACGAGUGCUGCCUCUGUGGGACCAGCGUGGCCAUGAGGACCCUGUACCGCACCCGAUACAACAUCCCGGGCUCCAUUUGUUCUGACUGCUGCAUCACCUUCUGGUGUCCCGUGUGCUCCGUGUGCCAGAUCAAAAGGGACAUCAACAAGAGGAGAGAGCUUGGCAUCUUCUGGUCAGCGACUCCCUUCUCCCUGCACCAUGGAGGCGUUGUGCACGUCCUUGGCCCGAGCGGGGCAAAUGUGUGGCCGCAGCAGGCUGCCGGCAGCCCGUCCUCACCUCCCAUCCCUUUGCUUACAGAUGCCGUGGAGACCAUGCUGCCCGUGCCCCACAGGAAGGUGGCUGAGGACUGCCCAUGACUGUCAGCCCUCAGCCCCUCGCUAACAGCCCCAAUAAAGAGUGAUGUGUGC